UUGAAACAAAAAAAAAAAUGAGGAAAUAUUUUUGUAUGAUGCAAACAAAAAAAAGUUUCGCGCAUGGAUUGGAUGUGUUUACGGGUGUUAGGAAUUGGGGGUUUAAAAUAUUGCAGGCACACAUCCUAUAGGAAAAAACAUCGAAUUGUGUGUGUGUGUGUGUUAGCCGAACCCAACAGAAUUUAUAGAAUGAUUCUAUUGUGCGUGUGUGUGUGUGUGUGUGUGUAUAUGGACAGGACAUGUUAUAUAUUAUUGUUGUCUAUGUAUGAAAAAAACAUCAAUGUCACUUGAAUGGAUGUUUAAAGAGAGAAUCUGAUGGCCACUAAGUGAGAGAUGGAUUGGGGGAUGUGUGUGUGUGUGUGUGUGUGUGUUUACAACCAGAAUUUGAUGUGUGUGUGUGUGUGUGUGUUUGUCUGUGUUGCCUACGACGAACCAAACGAAAAUAAAUAGAGAAUAUGGGUAAACAAAAAAAAACAUUUAACGAUCCAAAUGACUAUGUGUUCAUUGAAUUGAUUGAAUAGAAUGAAUUCAGUGUCUCUAUAGAAUAUAUCAUCAUUCCAUUCCAUUAACACAAAUUAAAUAGAUUUACACAUGCACAUCAACAUUAUCGAUUUGACAAUCGAUUGAAUUUAAUAAUAAUAAAAAAAAUUGGAAAAAAACCAACAACCAAAACGAAAUUGAAUCUUGUGACAAUGAAAAGCCAUCAUCAUCUCUAUUAUCAUUGUAAGAUGGAGAAAUUUGAAAAUCAUCAAAUUCAUUGAUUCAUAAAUUUUUCGAAUAAAACAAAACAAAAAAAAAACAAAACAAAACGACCCUUCUUUUUUCAACAAAAAAAAAAAGAUGAUGAUGCUCAAAUUAAUCAGACACCGCCCAUCAUCAUAUACCUAUAGUAGUAGUAAUAAUAAUAGUAGUUUGAUACUAUUGCUAUCGAUGACAAUUUUUAUCUUUUCAUUAAUCAUCAUCAUCAUCAUACCGAAUAUUGAUGGUUCAUCAAAUUAUCAUAAUAAUCAUCGAUCAUCAUUAAUGAAUGCACAAAAAAUAACAUUCGGUGCUAUACUGCCCAAAACAUCGUUGAUCACAUUACAGCGACAAUAUUAUAAGCGCCUUCAAGAUUCUGUUGAAUCAUUAAUGAAAAGUCGUAAUCGUCAUGAGAAAAAAAUUGAAUCUAUAAAUGAAAAAUAUAAUUUUACAAAUUAUUAUCAAAUAACACAGGCUCAAGUUGUGCCAUUAUCGUUGGAUCCAAAUCCAACGGAAAUUUUGAAUAGUAUUUGUAAUCAAUUAUUAGUGAAAAAUGUAUCGACAAUAUUGUAUAUGACCAAUUCAGAAAUAUGGGGUAGUAAUGCUGCAUCGGCACAAUAUCUAUUACAAUUGACCAGUUAUUUAGGCAUACCGGUUAUUGCAUGGAAUGCCGAUAAUAUUGGUCUUGAUCAACAACAAAGUGUUCAUUCACGUAUAUUACAAUUGGCACCAUCAAUGGAACAUCAAGCAUCAGCAAUGUUAAGUAUUUUACGUCGUUAUUCAUGGCAUACAUUUUCAAUUAUAACCAGUAAAAUUGGUGGCUAUGAUCAUUUUAUACGUGCAUUACGUGAUCAAACAUUAUCGAUAAAUGAUUAUAGUUUCACUAUAUUGGAUAUAAUUACUGUACAACGAACGAAUCGUGAUGAAAUUGUUGAAGAAUUACGUCCACUUUCAUUUAGUGAAGCAAGAGUCAUAUUGUUGUAUUCAAAUAAACGUGAAGCACAGGAUAUAUUUGCUGCUGCUGAUCAAUUGAAUAUGACUACAAAGAAUUAUAUGUGGAUUGUAACACAAAGUGUACUUGGACCAAGAGCCGGAUAUGCACCGGGUGAAUUUCCUACCGGUAUUCUAGGAGUACAUUUCAAUACGACACAUGAAAAAUUAUUGGAAGAAAUUGAAUUAGCUGUAACCAUAUUUGGACAUGGUUUAGAAUUAUUGGUCAACACUAACAAUGAUAGUAAUGUAUUGAAUUUAAAUAGUGCCAUUAAUUGUAAUUCAUCGGCCAAUAUUAAAUGGACAACGGGUGAACAAUUAUUUUAUUUUCUACGUAAUGUAACAAUCAAAAGUAAAUCGGGUAAACCAUCGGUUGAAUUCAAUCUGGAUGGUACACUUAAAUAUGUUGAAUUGGAUAUAAUGAAUUUGAAUAAUAUGGCCAUUUGGGAUAAGAUUGGUACAUGGACUGAAGAUGGUAUAGAAAUCAAAGAUAUAACAUGGCCAGAAAAUUCUCCAGUACCACCGAUAGGUAUACCAGAAAAAUUUAGCCUAAAAGUAAGCUGGUUAGAAGAACCACCAUUUGUUAAUUUUGUGCCUCCCGAUAAUGAAACCGGUGAAUGUCGUAUGAGUCGUGCUGUACCAUGUAAAUAUACACUUGUUAAUAUCGUCGAUAAUAGUACAUCAAAUGGAUGCUGUGCUGGUUUCUGUAUCGAUUUGUUACAAAAAUUUGCCAAUGAUCUUAAAUUUACCUAUGAAUUAGUUCGUGUUGAAGAUGGUGCAUGGGGUAUACUGAAUAAUGGAACCUGGAAUGGUUUAAUUGCAGAAUUGCUUAAUCAUAAAGCCGAUAUGGUUGUUACAUCGAUCAAAAUUAAUUCUGAUCGACAAGCAUUUGUUGAUUUUACCGUACCAUUUCUGGAAACUGGUAUCGCUAUAGCCGUUGCAAAACGUACCGGUAUUAUUUCACCAAAAGCAUUUCUAGAACCAUUCGAUGUAAUAUCAUGGAUCAUGAUAUUGUUGGUCAGCAUACAAAUAGCUGCAUUUGCUAUUUUCCUAUUCGAAUGGUUAAGUCCAUCCGGUUAUGAUAUGGCAAUGAGACCACCAAAAGAUCAUAAAUUUUCAUUAUUCCGUACCUAUUGGCUAGUUUGGGCCAUUCUAUUUGGAGCUGCCGUACCUGUAGAUUGUCCAAAAGGAUAUACGGCAAGAUUUAUGGCCAAUACAUGGGCUACAUUUGCUGUCGUAUUUCUUGCCAUUUAUACUGCUAAUCUGGCAGCAUUUAUGAUUACACGUGAAGAAUAUCAUGAUUUUACCGGUAUUGAGGAUAAAAAAUUGGCCAAUCCACAUCUAAGUGAACCACCAUUAAAAUUCGGUACCAUACCAUUCGGUAAUACUGAAGCAGUAUUGAAAUUGAAUAAACCAAAAAUGUAUCAUUAUAUGGCACCAUUUAAUCGUUCAUCAAGUAAAAAUGGUGUUACAGCUGUUAAAAAAGGAGAAUUGGAUGCAUUCAUCUAUGAUGCCGUAGUAUUGGAUUAUCUGGUCGGUGAAGAUAAUGAUUGUGGCCUAUUGACCGUCGGUAGUUGGUAUGCUAUGACUGGAUAUGGCUUUGCUAUGCCAAAAAAUUCAAAAUAUUUGGAAAAAUUCAAUAAAAAAUGAUUGAAUAUCGUGAAAGUGGUGAUUUGGAACGGCUUCGUCGUUAUUGGUUUCAAGGUGCAUGUAAAUCACAGAAAAAUAAACGAAACAUGAGUA